GGACGGACGGAGGGCGCGAGGCAGCGGAGCACAGCUCAGCGGACGGGACGGACCGUACUUCUCAGACCGUACAGCCCGACCCAGCCCGGCCCAGCGGAGUCCAGCUAGGCAAGCACCGAGCUGCUCCAGUUUGUAGCCACUGUGACCAGCACUACUUACCUGGGACUUGCUAUAUAAAAGGAGGGCUUCUGAGCACACCACAGCUUUCACUGCAAGAACGAGGUCGUGAUUGUUUCCGGUUUCUUGGAGGAAGAAAAAAGAGGUGGGCUGCCCCCCAAGGAUGAAAGUGUGAUUGCUAGUGUCUUCAUGAGCUCCAGAGGUCAUAGCACACUCCCACGGACUCUGAUGGCCCCUCGAAUGAUUUCCGAGGGAGAGCUCGGAGGCAUCGCCCAGAUCACUUCUUCUCUCUACCUGGGCAGGGGCAGCGUCGCCUCCAACCGCCACCUCCUCCAGGCCCGAGGGAUCACCUGCAUCGUCAAUGCCACCAUCGAAAUCCCCAAUUUCAACUGGCCUCAGUUUGAAUAUGUCAAAGUGCCUCUGGCCGACAUGCCCCACGCCCCCAUCGGGCUGUACUUUGACACCGUGGCUGACAAGAUCCACAGUGUGAGCCGCAAGCAUGGGGCGACCCUGGUGCACUGUGCGGCCGGCGUGAGCCGCUCUGCCACUCUCUGCCUCGCUUACCUGAUGAAGUACCACAGCGUGUGCCUGUUGGAGGCGUACAACUGGGUCAAAGCCCGGAGGCCCGUCAUUAGGCCCAACGUGGGCUUCUGGAGGCAGCUGAUAGACUAUGAGCGUCAGCUCUUUGGCAAGUCCACAGUUAAAAUGGUACAGACGCCUUAUGGCAUCGUCCCAGACGUUUAUGAGAAAGAGUCUCGCCACCUGAUGCCUUACUGGGGGAUUUAAGGCCACUGCAGCCUGCAUCAGCAGCUCCACCGAGCAGUACCAGCAUCUGCUACACACAGUCUGCUCCCCUCUACACCUUUCUUUUCACACGAUGGACUUGUGUUCUCCCUCGCGUGUUUUUUACAGUACCUGAGCUCAAUUCAAAGUGACAAUCACUUUGUGCUAGGAUCAAUCCUUCAGACACAGGCUUUUUACUCAAGGCUGCCAACUAAAACAGCUGCUUAGAAGAAAUUUAUAUAAUGCUUCAGUCUUCAGUGGGUCACCUAUAUUCUUUUGCAUUUAUGAUUUACUCAACCUGCAACUUCAAAUAAGUAAACUUUUAUUUAAAUGUAAGUAAUGAUAAUGAAAUUUGCUGCAGAGUUGUCUUGGAGUCACUAAUGUGAUCCUGGAUUAUAUUAGUAUUUUUAGUAAUCUCGUAAGCUUCUUAACCUUUUAUUAGGCAGAUUUUUGUUUUCUUGAUAAUGAUUCACUUUUGUUUCUUGUGAAGGUAAAAGACAGACUGUGGUAAAAUAUGGCUCUUCUGACAAAAUUAUGAACUUAAAUACUUAAAAUAGGCUUUCCAGCUGAGUCAUGUAUACCCAUUCACACUGUUGCAGAUGGGCAGAUAUUAAUAUCUCAGACAAGCGCUGCUGGAACACUGAGAAUGUGUGCUCAGAAAAAAAAAAGGUCUUAUUCUCAAUCAGCCCAUUGUUAAUUGGAGUGCUCCAAAGCACUAGGCCCUCCAAUAUAGGUAUGUUUAAAAAAAAAAAAAAAGAGUGCCUAUACUUACAUGAAAAACAAAACAAAACAAAAACAGAAUCGUAAAA